CGCACGCGUCGCCGCAAAGCUCGCCUCAUCCAACACCACCACCGCAGUCCACGGCCUCCCACGCCACGUACCCACACCCCCGCGAUGGGCAACGACCCUACCGACCCGACCGACUUCCUUGGCACAGCGCUCGCGACGCUCACGCCCUUAGACGCGGCCCUGCGCUGUCAAGUGUGCAAGGACCUGUUUAACACGCCAAUGCUGACGGCGUGCGCUCACUCGUUCUGCUCGUUAUGCAUUCGACGCUGCUACGCGGCUGAUGGGCGCUGUCCUACGUGUCGUACCAUGGGCCAGGACGCGCAUUUGAGAAAAAACGCGGCGCUGGGAGAAGCGGUAGAGGCGUGGAAAAGUGCAAGGACGGGCGUGUUGGGAGUGGGGAAGGGCGCAGGGACAGCCGAGAGGGGUGUUAAGAGGAAGCUAGAAGAGCAGGCUGUGGGUAGGCGAACGAGGAGUAAGGCUAAGAGAAUAGUGGCUGAGGAGGAAGACGAUGUCAUUCAAAUUGAGGACUCGGAGGGCGAAGAAGACAUUGGAGACAGCGUGGGUGAGGACGACGGCCUAGUCGCGUGCCCAAUGUGCAGUCAGCGCAUGAAGGAAGCAGCUGUGUUCUCACAUCUUGACCACUGCGACGGCCAGGCCAAGAGCACGCCUUCACGUCACCAACACUCCAGCAGCAACACCUACUCCUCACCAGCGUCCCUCAACCCUCUGACCCGCGCCGCCCGCACCCGCGCCGCAACAGCCAAGCCCCCACCAACACGUCUUCCUCAGCUCAACUACUCCCUCCUCAAAGACUCGGCACUGCGCAAAAAGUUGCAAGAAUUAGGCAUCCCGACGUGGGGCUCGCGCCAGGCCCUCACACGCCGACAUACCGAGUGGGUCGCGCUCUGGAACGCGAACUGCGAUGAGCGGCAGCCGCGGUCGAAGCGCGAGUUGCUCGCGGAACUGGAUACAUGGGAGCGGAGUCAGGGCGGUGGGAGUGGGAGUGCAAGUGGGCAUGGGAGCAAGGAGUUCGAUAAGCAGGGCUGGGCAAGGAGUAACAGGAGCCAGUUCGACGACCUGAUCGCGCAGGCAAGGCGGGGGAGAGCAAAGGCGGUGGCUGCGAGGGAUGCAGCGGAAGGGUCGACGGAUGAAGCGAAUGAGAAAGAGAAAGAGAAAGAGAAAGAGGAGCGCGACGGCGACGGGGACGCAGUGAUGGAAGCAGCACCGCCAUCCUCCACCAUCCCCACAGAAGAAGACGACACAGCCUCAACCACAGCGCCCUACGCAGCCAACGCGUCAGCCAUGGCAGCCGUGAGAGCAAAACUAGCAACUGUAGACCGCGGCGCGGAUGCGCCUCCUCCCUCUACUUCUAGCUCCAACUCUACCUCACUACCACUGCACGCAGCAGCGCCCGCGCCGGCACAAAGAGCACACGAAGCAACAGCAGAAGAAGACCGAGAAGCCGCGCGCCUUGCUUCACCGCCGCUGGGCCUGUAUGCCCAUGCGCGAGAGCUGGCGCGGCCGACGGAUAUGUUUUGCUUGCCUGCUGAGCCGGUGAGCGAUGUUGAGGAGGGAGGGGGUGGGUUUUAG